AUGUCGAGCAGUGCUGCGGAUGUGGCCUCCGGAUCCCAGACGAAACCAGAAUCAGAUGGUACUCCAGAGGUCAAGACUGAGGAAGACUCGCAGGAUCUGGGUAGAGGGACUGAGUCUGCGCAAGAUGGAGGAGAUGAUCUCAAUGGCCCUGUAUCGGAGCCAUCUCCUGAUGUGAAUGAACAUCUCGACGCUGCUCGACAUUCUCCAACGCUUACAGCUCCUCUUGAGAACACAGUGAACGAUAUCUGUCAACAAGAGACAGCCUCGUCCUCCGAACCUGCGCCUGAGUUCGAGCCUACUUUCCUGGAGGCUGCUGACGCGCCAGAUGGUCCAUCAACAGAUACCAUACCAGAUCCGCGAGCCCCGUGCAAAUUUUUCUUGCAGGGGGCAUGCACCAGUGGCGCACACUGUCGGUUCAAACACGAAACGGACCCUGAGCCUAAGCUUCAACGCUGCUUAUGGUUUCCCAGCGGGAACUGCUUGAAAGGCGACGCCUGUCCAUUCUCCCACGACCUCGGUGCUGCAUCCGAAGCCUCUGAAAACGACCCGCGCAAGACUCAGUGCAAAUUCUUCGCAGCCGGUCAUUGCGGUCGGGGGAAGAAAUGCCUGUUUCUUCAUGGAGAUCCGACAAAUGAAGUCUGUCGGGCUUUCAUGCGCGGUGAAGUGUGCCCCUUCGGUAACGAGUGCCGCUUUAGCCACGACGCGGAGGCGCUGCAAAGCCAAGAAUCCAACCCAGAAGAGAUCGCGUCGGGAUCUUGGUGGGAACAGGAGAACGACCAGAGUGGGGGAUGGGGUGAUACUGCAUCAACAUGGGCGACUGAAGGAGACAGCAAGGGGCUGAGAAAUCCUGGGAAACACCUUGGCCGGAGGAACCGCCUGUCAGCGUCAUCAAGAGCCGAAGGCAUUGCAUAUUCUUCGGGCAAGGAUAUUGCAAAGAGGGCGACAGAUGCCGACAUAGACACGAUCGAAACACAGAGCCAGUGCCUGUCCAAGUACGCCGCACAUCCAUGUUCUUCCAGAAGCCGACUGAUCUGUGAAAAGCCUGUUGUGAGUAAAUCGUUGUCGGCAGGAGAAGAAACGGUGGAAUCGGUUGCUCUGCGGACGAUUUACAACUGUUCCGUCGAAUUCGGACCCGGGGCGACCGCUCACAUCCAAAAUACGGCCUUUGAGUCCAGGACUGUCGUUUUGUCCCACUUUCCCUCCGGCACCAACGUGGAUGACUUGGCUGCAUUUGUUGAACCCCACGGCACGAUCACGAAUCGUGUUAUCCGACUUGUUGGAGGGCGCCUGAAUGCGUAUUUUGACCUGGAGAAUGCACAGCAAGCGUUGACCGCAAGAGCCCAUCUCAACGGCUUGGUGAUUGAGGACAAGAUCGUAGCUGCCGAACUUGAAUGCGAUGGGAAACUGGGGGGCUCAGUGCACAAGCCAGGAACACCGCGGCAUCUGAAACUUGUAUGGGAUGCACCGAGUACCAUCGCAUGGGCCUUUUACCGGACAGUCUCCAAGGCGAAGGAAGCGGCGGCUGCGCUGGAUGGACUGACCGUUGGAGAGCGCAAGAUCGUCGCUAAAUACCACUCCCAGUCGCGUGGUCAGCAGGACCGUGUGCCUGUUCUGCUCGAGAAUCUUCCUGCGCGAGUCUCCCGGGAGGAGCUCACCUCAAUCUGCGAACACACAGGCCCUACCUCGGUCAACCCGAGCGAGCCAAACUACACGCAAUCUCCCGAGCACGACAUCCGCACACUUCUUGAACAGCUGGGGGUUGUCACCUUGUUUGAGGUCAUGCCAACUUUGCCAUCCGAGAGCAAAGUCACGGCAUUCGCCGAGUUUCUUUCUCCCUCCACGAUCGCAAAAGCUACGGCCUACUUGAAGGGCAGAAAACACCCGUUCUUGGGUGACCGUGAUAUCAAAACUCAGGCCGUCUUCUUUUCCAGAUACACACUGCCCGAGAGCCAUUUUCCUUUCGGGCUCAUCCGGGAUGCCGUAAACGGCUGCGACCUGGGCAACAAUGUUCGCUGUUACGACGAGACACGAACCGUGUGUCUGUUCCAUCGAGAUUCUGCGGAUGCAGCCAAGCUGCGGGAAACGGUCCAAGCACUCGUUUUGGGGGCAGAGAUUCCCUUUCCGGAUCCGUAUUUUUCGAUGGCAAGCAGCGACGGGCCUCUCCAGCGGCUGAACGACAAAGACCCAGCCGUUUUCAUUCGCUGUGACAGACGCUGUCGCGCCCUUCGCAUCUGGGGAGACCGGUCAAAAGCCGAGGCGCAGAUUGCAAAGCUGCUGAAGACCGUGAACGAGCAGCGAUGCGUACUCGACAUAUCUGAUGUGAUCUCCCACCUUGCGACAGGAGGAGGGGGCCUGCAGAGCCUGCAGGCCCAGUAUGGUUCUACGAAGAUCACGUGUGAUAUUCGCUCCAAGACGCUGACCGUAUUGGGCGAGCAGAAAAUGCGAGACGAGGUCAGUGCCGCAGUGCUCAGCUGGGGGCUGCGAGAGUCGCUCCCGCCGGGCGACUGCAUGCUGUGUCGCACUGAUCCGACCCACCCUGUGGAGCUUCCCUGUGGACAUCGCUACUGCUCUGGUUGCCUGGACAUUCUCCUGUCGCCGGCGUGCGAUUUCGCGCCCUACUGCUGCGACUGUUCAGCGGAGAUCCCGCUGUCCCUGAUAGUAGCGUGUCUGCCCCCCGAAGAAUGCGAGCGAGCCUUCGAAGGGUCCCUGCUCAGUCUCGUCCGAUCCCAGGACGACCUGCAUUUUUGUCCAUUCGGGUGUCCCGUUGUGUUUCGCAGCGCAGACAUCCCCUCAACGUACUACGAAUGUCCGGAGUGCAGGAUGCAGCUGUGUGCAAGAUGCGCGCAACCAGUGCAUUGUGGUACCACAUGUCCAUAA